UGACAUGAUGUCCUGAGAAUGACAGAUGAGCACGUUAAAGACACAAUGGAGGAGUUUCUUCUCUCCCAUGGUUACCAGAUGGGUAAAACCAUUGGAGAAGGGACAUAUUCAAAGGUCAAGGAAGCUUUUUCAAAAAAACACCAACGAAAAGUGGCCGUGAAAAUUAUAGACAAAAUGGGAGGACCAGAAGAGUUUAUCGAGAGGUUCCUGCCCAGAGAGCUCCAGAUCGUCAAGCGCUUGGACCACAAGAACAUCAUCCGAGUGUACGAGAUGCUGGAGUCAACGGACGGGAAGAUCUACCUGGUGAUGGAACUAGCAGAGGAUGGAGACGUGUUCGACUGUGUCCUGCAAGGGGGGCCCUUGCCUGAGAGCCGGGCCAAAUCGCUCUUCCGCCAGCUGGUGGAGGCAAUCCGCUACUGCCACAGCUGUGGCGUGGCGCACCGUGACCUCAAGUGUGAGAAUGCGCUCCUGCAGGGUUUCAACCUGAAACUGACCGAUUUCGGAUUUGCCAAGCUGCUCCCCAAAAACCGGAAGGACCUGAGCCAGACAUUCUGUGGCAGCACAGCCUACGCAGCCCCCGAGGUGCUGCAGGGCGUGCCCCACGACAGCCGGAAAGGUGACAUUUGGAGCAUGGGCGUGGUUCUCUACGUCAUGCUCUGUGCAAACCUGCCCUUCGACGACACAGAUAUCCCCAAGAUGCUGUGCCACCAGCAGAAGGGGGUCUCCAUUCCUGGCCACUUGGGGAUUUCCGAGGAAUGCCAGGACCUCCUCAAAAGCCUGUUGGAACCGGACAUGAUCCUGAGACCUUCCAUCGAAGAAGUGAGUUGGCACCCAUGGUUAGCAAGCUCCUGAGAAAAGGACCGUGUCAAAAACUCUCCCCAAAUAAAAGGGGACAGGCUGUUUCCAAAAUGCUCACAUAUAUUUUAAC